AUGAUUUAUGUCGAUUUUCUCAGCAUUGAUGCCACUUCAGAAGUGUGCCUGGCGAGACUAGUGAAUGAUGCCAAAGGGAGGGAGAGGAAUGCCAAAGUGCAGAAGAUGGUAACAAAUGGUCAGCCUCAUCUCUGCCUGUAUUCCACAAAAGAAAUACAGAAAGGGGAUGAAGUUGCGUAUGAUUACGGCGAGAAGGAUUUGGAGUGGAGAAAGGAGCCAGGAAAAACCAUUGACGAUAUUGAUUCCUGGAGGCUGUUUCUAAUCCAGCUCAAUCAUGACAUCAGCCAUGCCAUUUGCGUUAGCCAACAGGGAGCCGAAGGAGUUGAACAGGCAAAACUCUUUACCAGGAGGACCUUAAGUAUGAUAAUCCAACAAAUAGAAGCAACACCAGAAUUUUUAAUUGGCCUCGAAAACGUCCCUCAACUCUUGUUAACAUUUAACGAGUGUACAAAAAGUCACGAUGAAGAAACAAGGAAGAGUGCCGAAAUCCUUCUUGUGAAGUUUAAAAAAUCAAAGAAUAGACCGGACAGUAACAAUCUGGAGGAAGCUAAUUGGAAUAAAGAUAAUGAACCUGAUGUUGAAACCUCAAUGGAUUCUGGACAUGCCACAGAGAGUGAUGGUUCAACGGUUGGUUACGAUGAACAUGAUGAUGACGAUGAUUCUGUAAAGGAUCCUGAUUAUAAGCAGGGACCGAACGAUGAUUUAACGGACUCGGAUGGUGACUCUGAAUCUGAUACUGUGAUCAUUGAAAAUAGUGCAGAUGAUGAAGCCAUGGACUGCAACGAAGCUGAUGAUCAUCAUGGGGAGAAACGUAAGGCAAAGAAAAGUGUUCCACGGUACAGAGAUGGUAAAAGCGAUAUAAAGAGACAAUGCAGUGACUUGGAAAAUAGUGCAGACAGUGUAGACAUGGAUUUAAAUGAAGCUGCGGAAGAUCAUGUUGGGGAGGCACUUAAGGCCAAGGUGAAAAUGCAGUUUGCACACAUAACUGUUCCGCAGCACAGCGAUAGCAAAAAAUAG